GUUUGAGAAGCAGUACAGAAGCAGACAUUUUACCGCGCUAGGCCAGCACUCUAGAAGGCGAGGCCAGGCGAUACACACGUACGGACAUUUCCCCCUAAACUGUGCAAACCACUCUAUUUUUGUAUGUCGAACCGAUAGAACUUUAGCUGUUUCUAUUCCCUCUCCUGCUCCUCUCCCCUAUAAUGCCGAGCUCGCUGUUCCCGGACAUGGAGCCUGCUAACGGGGGAGCCCCCACGUCGAUGGGAAGCCAGGAUGAAGCGCGGGCGCUGCAGCUGGCCGUGGACCUCGCCAUGCUUGGGCUCAGCGUAGGUGGCGACCAAGAUGAUAAGAUGUCCAAUUCUGGCUUCGACAACGAUGCGCGGAACCGAAAGAGCAGCAACAUGACCGAAUGUGUGCCUGUGCCUAGCUCGGAGCACGUCGCCGAGAUCGUCGGAAGGCAAGGUUGCAAAAUCAAGGCGUUGAGAGCCAAGACGAACACGUACAUCAAGACGCCUGUUCGAGGAGAAGAGCCCGUCUUCGUUGUGACGGGGCGGAAAGAGGAUGUAGCCAUGGCCAAGCGGGAGAUCAUGUCUGCCGCCGAGCACUUCUCUCAGAUCCGAGCGGCUCGUAAGAACAACAUGAACAUGGGUCCAGGGCCGAAUCCAAACCAGCCGGGACAGAUCACUAUCCAAGUCCGCGUGCCGUACCGUGUUGUGGGGCUGGUGGUGGGGCCAAAGGGUGCCACCAUCAAGCGCAUUCAGCAGCAGACGCACACUUACAUCGUGACCCCGUCCCGAGACAAAGAACCCGUGUUCGAGGUGACCGGCAUGCCUGAGAAUGUCGAUCGCGCGCGGGAGGAGAUCGAGGCACACAUCGCCAUGCGGACCGGAGGCCUCAUCGAUCCUGUCGGCGACCCUGACGACUUCCACCGUAACGGCACCGAAACGCCUCUCGACCACUUCGGCACAGCAGCCACCGUUAAUGACCACAACAACUACAUCCCCAAAGGGACCCCAGGCCAUACCAAUAACUAUCACAGCAGUAGCAAUAACAUUCUUCCUCGCAACCUCUCAGAGCCUUCCAACUUCUUCAAGUUUCCAGGCACAAAUGGCAGUGGAACUGUUCCUGACUUCAACCCCAAUAAUUACACCAGCAGCAAUGGCCUGGCCUUUGACACCUUCAACAACUUCACUCCUGGAGACGACCGAGAUCUGGGCAUAGGUGAGUCUCCACCCUUUGACCCCGCACCUGCACCCCCUACCAACAUGUGGGCCCCGCUGGAUCUGGUGCCCAACAGCCGCAGUGGCAGCAGUGUGACUGCAGCCCUGUUCGGCAGCAAUGCAGCCAAUGGCACCAUCCCCAAUGUGCAACGCCGCAGCAGCAGUAUUAGUGGUUCGUCGGGCCACCCCCGCCUGUCCCCAACACUGUCGGAUUCCAACGAGCAUCCCACAGCACGUCGUGUUCGCAGUGACCCCCUGAGCGGUGGACCCACCAUGUUCACCCCUCUGCCAGGCUCAGGUUUCUCUACCUCCGUGUCAAGUGUGCAGUCUGGUUCCUCCACCUCCAUCUCGAGCAGCCCGACCGACUCCACAGGAUCCCUCCCGCCGCGUUCCAAGAACAAGAAGGAUUGCAUGAUCUGCUACGAGAGCGAGGUGGUCGCCGCCUUGGUGCCGUGUGGUCACAACCUGUUCUGUAUGGAGUGUGCCAACCGUCUGUGUGAGAAAAAGGAUGCAGAGUGCCCAGUGUGUCAUACCACUAUAUCUCAGGCAAUUCGUAUAUUUUCCUAAGCUUUAUAUUAUAUAUUGUUUACAUAAACAUGCUUAAGAAAACCACACAAAAAUAUCCAAUUUCAAAUUUUGACUAUGAAGAUGGACAAGGCUUAACCUAUAACAAGUCCAAAAGUAUAUAUAACUACAAAUAUUUUAUUCUUUGAGCGUAUACAAAGUCUAUUUCAUACUAAAGAUGUUUACAGAAAUAAAGUUUAAUUUAAUUUCUAAUUUCAAUCAGAUGAGAGUAUGUCGCUGGGUUGAAGACUUUAUCAUUAGAAUGGCCUGUACUUGGCUUGUAACAUGUAGUUGCAUUUUAAUUAGUGAUUAUUGAAUAUUAGAGGACAUUCAGUUGUGAUAUGGAUGUGGAUGAGAAAGACUCAAAUGAGAUUUGGUUUCAAAAUAUAUUUUACCCAGCAAAUAUUUUAUAGGCUGUAUGCAGAUAGACUUAUUUUAUUCUAUAUGGAUGAAUGAUGCCCAAAAUGGGAUACCCAAAGUGAUUCAGAGACAAGCUAUUGCUUUCUAACAUUUGUAUAAAAUAGCUACACAUGCCGAUACGAUAAUUUCGUUGCACCAUAGUCUAGGCAUGUACUAUUUUAAUAUAUUAUUUACAACAGUUUAUGUAUAUCUAGGUGUGAAACAUGACCGCAAAUAUACUAUGGAGAAAAAGUUUACUAAAUACAAAAUAUUUUUUAUUUUGGGCCUGGUAACCAUGUUUGGCCAGAUAUACUAAUAUUAUUAUAUUUGUUGAGACUUGAGGAUUAUAAAAUUGUAAGAGUUUUAUUUUUCUGCCAUUAAAGUUGUAUUACAAUAAAUGA